AUGGACCAAAAGUUAUUAGAGAACGACUAUAUUCAAUAUCUAAAUAAAAUGAAUAAAAUUAUUAAACCAUUAAAAAAUCGUCUAUUAGACAGGGAACUAGAUAAUCAAAAUAAUAAUCAUUUUUCGUUAUAUUUAAAAUUUCUUGAAUUAUGUAAAUUACGUCAAAAACUAAAGAAAAUUGAUUUCUAUGGUUCAGAUAAUGAAACUAUAUUUAAGAUCACACACGAUGUACUCGAAUUCGAAAAUGAAUUAAAUCCGUUAUCGGAGUCACCAGCGAAACGUAGUUUGGGUUUUAUAUUCAAACAAUUCAUUGAAAUAUUAAAAGGUACGUUAUUUGAAACACGUGAAGGUCGUUGUACACGAGGUGUAUACGCUUCAUUUGUUAAGUCAAAUAUUCAAAAUAUUGAUUAUAUAUUAUUAAUCGAUACCGAAGGUCUAUUAUCAGUUGAAACAAUUAUUGUCAAUAUAUUGGGUGAUGUAAAUGAAGGAUUAAAAUAUAUGAUUACACUAUGCACUGAUUCAUUAAAGCAGUUAAAAGUCAAUAAAGUACCAAAACCAACUGUACAGUUAAAAUUGUACCAGAAACAAUUUAAAAAUUAUGAAGAUAAUCUUACUCAAGAAUUAGAAAAUCUGUUUAAAUUAGAGAAUACUUCUGAACGUAUUCGUGAACGAAGUAUAGCAUUUUUAAAACGACAAAUUACAGAAAAUGAAAAAACAUUAACGAAAGAUGCAGCUAAGAAUAAAUUUGAAGAAAUGUGGAAGAAGAAGAUCGAUUAUAUUGAAAGUGUUACAACGGUUGCAUCAUUCAUGACAGGCGGCUCAUCUUCAGCAUCCAAAAUUAUGACAAGAGCAGCACCAAAAGCACUUGAGAUUGAUUUCAGAAAACGAAUAAGAGAUGCAAUAAUAACUGAACUUAGAGUUGAUCCAUUACAUUUAUCAAACAUUUUACAAUUAGUAGCAUUUUUCGAUGAAAUUUAUCAACAACUAACGAAAUUAGUUGAAGAUAAAGGAGUUUUACAUCCAGCGGAAAUUGAUUUGAUACAAAAAAUUGCCAAUUUCAUUAAUGCAAUAAUAAAUGAUAUAAAUCUUGAAUUAAAUGUUUUCGGUCUUUCAUUAUCAAUGAAUGUCGCUUCGGUCGUACAUUCAAAUGCAUUUCUGUUACUUACAGCAUUAUAUUAUCGUGAACAACAACAUCUUUUUAAUGAACAGAUUCAUACGUUAACUAGGCAAAAAUCAUCGCCAUUAAACUAUUUCAAUAGUAUGAUUGUACCGGAUGCAGCAUUUGACAAUGAAAACGGUGAACAUUUCGUUAAGGAUUUAUCAUCUACUCUAAUUGGUGAAAGAUCAUUAUUACAAUUCGUUGAUGAAUUGUUGCUAUCAUCUGGUGGUGGUGCAGAAGAAAAUUUACAAAACAAAGGACAAUGUGAUGAAAAUAAUCGAUACAGUUGUAGUACAGGCCAUCAAUUGCGAGCAUUUGCCGGUAUAAAAUUUGAAGUAACAAAUGAAGCUAGUUUAUAUCAAUGUAAUGAAAUUGAUAAUAAUAGUCACAUUGUUGUUAAAGGUAUUAGAAAAAAUUGUGAGGAAAUGAAAUUAGAUUAUCAGUUAUGGGAUUUUAAUUUAAUAACAACUGCUGAUGAAUCAGCCAAACUUAACAUUAAUACACGACGUACAAACAGUGAUGAUGAUCGUAUAACAAUUAUAACAUUUACUAAUAUAGCAAAAAUGUUUUGUUCUAAUCAAAAAAUGAAAGAUAUUGAUACGAAAAAUAUUGCUUUUACCGAUGGUACAACAGCAUUUGGUCCCGCAUUUCAAUUAGUUAUAAAGCAAUAG